GCUCGACACUCGCUCGGUUCGGUAUUAGUUUUUGGUUUUCGGUUUUCGGCUUUUGGUUUUAGUCCCCAUUUUUCAGCUUCAUUUUCAUUUUUGGCCGUUGGACUUGGAUCAAGUUUUGUGCUCACUUUAUUUUUUUGGUGUACCAAAAAGUGUAAUCCGUGCAAUCUGGUGAAUGUUGUCCGAGUUUGCUCGCUCCAAGGAGUGAUCGUCGUGUUUUGGCCGAAUCAGAGGGGUCAAGCAGCCUCAUCAUCAUCAGUGUUUUGCGGAAGCUAUUACCAUAACUCAUAGUGGAGUUGACCAUAAGUGGAAUAUUGUAAUCAUGGUGUUGCAUCACCUUCUCCUACUGCCCCUCGUCUUGAUGACUGGUGUUCAAGCUGUCUUAUCACCGCCUUCUGGCUACGAUGACGACACUUCGCCUCUGCCACUUCGAUUGGAGGACUUGGAACGGGAACAGGAACAGCCACUGCAUCAGCUUUUGGACGUCAAUCAGGCGCCUCUCCUACCCAACCGCUACGAAUGGAGACCGGAAGUAGCCGCCAGUCUGCCGCCCAGUUACAUACAGCAUGCCGCACAACGGGAGCUGGAGCUUGAGCGGCUGCAACGUUUGGAGGAGCUGCGGCAAUUGCAGCGGCAGCAUCAGCAACUCAGUGCGGGCUACGCCUUCCCCGCCCGCCUGCCGGGCGGUGUGCUUUUCGUUGAUCCCACGGCUGCCACACCCACUCCCACGCCAUCGGCAGCAACAACGGUAGCCUCCUCUUCUUUUCGAUUAACCAGACCCAUAAAACCCUACGACUUGGAUUUGGGCCAUAACGGCAUUCAGUAUGUGUCCAAUAAUGAAUUGCCGCCCCUUCCGGUACCACGCCCCUUGCCGCCACCACACAAUAGGCCGCCUUUCAUCUAUGGAUUCACCCAGGGCAACAGACCCACCAACAACAAGCUGGUCCAGCCCCUGGUCGUCCAGCAGUCCAAGCAAUUCGCCUACGCCCCCGCACCGCCUCCACAGCGACAUUACGCCAAUGGACCUCGGAUUCCACUCCCAUAUCCUCCGAGUUUUGUGAGCAUUACGACCCGCAGACCCGGCUUGGACAGGGUCAGACCGUUCCGGCCAUCGCAGCCGGAUCCCACGCCCGAUUUAUUUGCCGGGCGUUCCUCGAAAUCCCUGCUAGACUCCUAUAUUCCCAGCUGGGAGGUGUUGCGCCUAAUCAGGGAGCGCAGUCCGCAGCAAGGAUUCACACCCAUCCAACGCCAAACGCUCGCUUAUCCAGCUCCAACGCAUUUGAGACUCUAUAAGCGAGAUUUCCAAGUAGACCGGACGAGAAGCGUGAAGAAAUCGCUGGGACAACCGGAAAACACAAAGACAAAAAGCUAGUGCGGGUCUAGCCCAACGAUUUUUUUUUACAUACUAAUAUUAAUAUAUGUACCUACAAGUACGAAUAUUU